AUGCAUUCCAAGCUUUUGUCAGCCUUGUUGGUUGCUGGCUCUGCCAGCGUGGUUUCUGCCGCCACUACCUGCACCAAGGAUAUCAAGGUUACCCAACCUACUCCCAUCAUCUCUUGUGAUGUUGUGGAUGCCACCAUCACCGUUGACGCAUCUGUGGCCGGCGGCCUGAGCAUCGAGGGACCCAAGACGAUCACCGGUGAUCUUAUCAUCAACAACGCCUCUCAGCUCAUCUCCAUCUCCAGCUCAACCAUCCAGUCCAUUGAGGGCAACUUCGAGCUUUCGGGCCUCGAUCUUUUGAGCUCUCUUGACAUGGCCGCGCUCAAGACCCUGAACAAGCUGAGCAUGCAAAGCCUCCGCCAGCUGAGCACCUUCACCUUUGGCACUUCUGGUGUCUCCAAGGCCUCCACCAUCGUCAUUGCCGACACUGUCCUUACUGAUUUGAGCGGCCUCAACAUCAACAGUGUUGACAGCCUUACCAUCACCAACAACAAGAGGUUGACUGCCUACAACUCUGAUCUUGCCAACAUUACCAGUCUCCUCAGUGUUACUAGCAACGGAAACAACAUGGAAAUCAACAUGACCAAGCUCACCACUGCUGCUGAGAUCCAGCUCUCCAACGUCAAGAGCUUCCUGGCUCCUAAGCUCAAGACCAUCACUCAGUCUCUCAAAUUCGACACCAACCCCGAGCUCACCACCUUUAGUGCUAAGAACGUCACCAGCAUCAAGGAGAGUGUCACCUUCAUCAACAACAACAAGCUCACCAACAUCUCUUUCCCCCUAUUGACUUCCAUUGGUGAUAUGACCAUUCAGAACAACACCAAGAUGCUUGCAGUUGAGGGUUUCCCCAAGCUGUCAACUGUUGCCGGCGGUAUCAUCCUCCGUGGUAACUUCGAAACUGUUGAGCUUCCUGCUCUCAAGGAAGUCGAUGGUGGCUGCACUGUCUUGUCUACUACCGAUAUCUCUGCUUUCUGCGGAUUCUUCACUGAUGCUCACUCCAAGAAGAUCAUCAAGGGCACGACAUCCUGCAAGAGCAACGUUAAGGCCGCCAACGAGGGAGGUAGCGACGGUGACUCCAGCACUUCCGGCAGCGGCAGCGGCAGCAGCAGCAGUGGUAACGGCACUGACAACGCUGUCGCCGCUCUGAGUGUCAACAACGUCCUUUUGGGUGUGUCAGUCAUUGCUGGCAUGGCCCAGCUGUGGUAA